CUUCCCAGAUAAACACAGUGGAAGGAGGGAAGCUUUGACUGGGUUAGGCAGGCCUUAGUCUUAGAAAGGUUAUGAUUGGUGGGAGAGAGUAAAGGUGGGGUUACCAGGCAGAGUAGAAUCCAGCAGGAAAGCAGUGGCAUCCAUCUUACAGCUAGCAGUGAGGUGUAAGCAGCAUUAGCAGCAUCAGUGUCAUGGUGAGUCGGGAUAUCACAGCUAUGCUGGAAUCUUUGAGACAGCAGGCUCAGAGCCACGGUCCUUCAUGGUUACAGGACCAGCUGGAUAGGAUUAAUGGCCCCCCCAGGUGGCGAUAGUACCCCCCCCAGUAGGCCCCAAUGGAGGAGCAGGCCCCCAGCGCGCCUCAGCCCAGAACUUGGGGGAAAGAGAAGGCGGGCAGUCAGCCCGAGUCCGGGGGUUACUAGGGGUCCCAGGAGUAGCAGGACCAGCACUCCCGCAGUGCCUUGAGGAGGGAAUAAUGAGCAUGGGAGAUCCGGAGGAUGCUUGGCGCUGCAGCCGACAUCAGGGCAAAGAAGUGGGCGGAGCUUACGCGCGAGCCGCAGCUCAGCGCGGGGAGACAGGCAGAAUGGCGCGUCUUCCCCCCUGCACACGCCAGACACACAGGGGAGUAGAAAGGGUGCACGCGGAGGCGCAGCCAAGCAGAGAGGCACCAGAGACACUCCCACUGUACCUGUCAGCAGCAGUAAUACCCCUCCAAGCCUACACAGGCAGAGUAGGGGUACAGCAACUUCGUCUCACAGCCCAGGGGAGGCUGCUUACAACAGUCCAGCAGCUGCAGCUUGGAGUCGCGGGACUGUAACAGCCCAGGACAGGGCUUCUGAAAGGGAGCAGGGCAGUUCUUCAGAUGGAGAAGGGCAGCACAGGAGAGGCACAGCCCCUACCAGGGCUUCCAGACCAGAGGCAGGACCAGACAGCCCGGGGGGGAUACCCCCCCUGCGCAAUCAGAACAGGGACCGGUCUUACAGCCCCCAUGGCUCGGAGUCAGAUGGAUCUCAGGACCGGACCACUCGCCGCAGCUGGCGUCACUCACGACCUACCACUAAUGCGGACCAAGGCGAGGUCAGAAGCGGUGGUGUAUCAGGGGAGGCCGAACGCACGGCGGUGCCAGGAAAUUCAGGACUCCGCAAGUCGUUAUGGGUGGUUCAUCCAGAUCGGUGAUUUGGAUUGUGGGUGACUCAUACAUUGCCCGGGCACAUCAGCGGUUGCAAAUAUAUCCACCAGGAACACUUUUAAGCUUCCUUCCAACUCAAGUAGUGAUUCAAUGGUUUGGAGUUGGGGGCAUGCGAUGGGAGCAGGUAUUGCUAAAGUUUGCAGCACAAAUGAGAAUUGCUAUGCCACCAGACAUACUGGUGGUGCACUGUGGGGGUAAUGACCUGGGCAGGGUAUCCCAAAGGGAACUUAUACGGGUCAUGCGGUGUGAUUUAGAGAGGAUCAUGCAGUUAGCGCCCAAUGUAAAGAUAGUUUUUUCAGAAAUGGUGAGUAGGAUCCACUGGAGGUUUGUCAACACAUGGGAAGCUAUUGAGAGGAGUCGCAAGGUGAUUAAUAAACAGUCGGCCGGUAUCGUUAGGAAGAUGGGCGGCUUUAAUGUACGACACAAGUACGUGGUAACGGGGGACCCGGGGUAUUACUUGAAGGAUGGGGUGCACUUAAGCCAGGUGGGUUUGGACAUUUUUGUGCUGGGGUUGCAGGAUGGAAUUGAAAGGGUGCUGGGCGAGUGUGUGGGUGGAGCCCGGCCAGCUUAAGGGGUCAAGCGGCCCGAGCCGUGGCGGGGGAAUGCUUGCCAGUGUGGGUAAUGGGGCUGUAGUCCCCUAUUUGUGGCGUGUGUUGGUGCCUCUCCGGGUAAGGGCCCCGGGAGGUAAAGUCGAGUGAGGCCAUCUGCUACUACUUGCCCAUCCAGGGCAGCGCCCGGGUGGCCGGCAUGGCAGUGGCCCGGUCACUCUAUGGAGUAACCAGUUAGGCAAGCAUUCCCGUGGGAAUUACUGUUAUGUUACAGUUAUGUGUGAUUAAUACAUACAUAUAUAUUAAAGUUUAAUAAAAGCUGCGGCCUAUGAAUUCCAUCCUGAGCCUCAAGUGUCUUUAUUGGGAUCUUUAUGAUAAAGGGGGGUGUGGGAGUGGUCAAAUGGGAUACAGGUAAGACGGCGGCCUUAACGCUGCCCGGGUCAUACCUAAAUCUGUGAAGGUGCCACAUCUUCUUUUAUGUAUAUACUUGUUACCUGCAACUGUAUAAAUUAACAUAAUUAUACAUACAUGGAACUGCAACUCUCCCAUACCACUAUCUUUUCUAGGGUCGUCCCAUAAAUCCAGCAGAAAUUGUUAGGUUUUAUAAUCAUUUUUGUUCACAUCCUCAUACCUAUAUGAUCCAUUUGUGUCACCCUUUAGAAUUGUGGUAAUAAUUUAUGUGCAAAUAAGUGUGUAACCUUAAUUCAUUCAAAAGCCAGGGGAACAAGCAACAUAACCCUUUUAAAUUAAUAUUUAAAACGCACAUAACAAAUUAAUAAAGAUCAAUUGAUAAUUUAAAGUGUCCAUUUCCAAAUGUGUUGCACCCCCUAAGUAUGUCAACAACCUUGGCAUAUUUCAUGUGAGGGGUCCAAAA